AUGUCAAUUAAAUAAAAACUAUAUUAAACUUGGCAUAGAUUCUUAUAAACAAAUUUCAAUAGUUAUUUAAGAAGUGCACCUACGCCAGGGAAAUAAAGGUUGUACAAGCAUGUUGAUAUAUAAAAUGAAUUCGAUAAGUAUGAAAAAGAGAGAAGAAAGUAGAGAUUGCAAUUGAUUGAAUAUAAGAAUAAAUUGAAGAAAAGGGUAUUAGAAAAGGAAAUUGCAUUAAUAAAAUAAUUCGAAUCAAGUUAAAUUGAUUUUGUAUCUACUAAUGCUUCACUUGAAAAUAGCAAUAUAAGUAAAGAUGUCACAAUGGAUGAAUAAAGAAGACAAUCCCUACUUAAAGAAUUAGAGGAAAUCAAUAAUUAAUUGACAUAAAUUGAUAAAGAGAAAGAAGAAUUAAAGAUUUUAGAGAAUGAUAUUGCAGUUUUAGAACCUAAUAUGGUAAUUUUAAGAGGAAUCGAGAAGAAAACUGUAUUAACCAUGAUUAAUUAUAUUGAAUUUCAACAUAGACAUGUUUCAGGUUUGGUAUUGAAUCCUGAAACAAUGAAAAAUAUAGAGACUGUUCAUUAUCAUGUUAUGAAUAAUCUACCAAUUCAAAGAGAGAAACUCUAUGAAGUUGUUCCAGAAUUAUUUUAGGAAGAAAUUGGAGAAUUGGAUGAACAUAAAUAACGAUUAAUUUAAGAAAAUAGACCCACUUUAGAUGUAUAGGAAACUAGUGUAAUCUAAAUUAUUGAAAAGAGUAGAAUACCUGCAUCAGAUGAUCCCAUAGUCACUUUAUUGAAUGAAUAAAGAGAAAUGAUGAUGUUUGUUUAUAAUAAAUGUGUCAUUUUUUGUAAUAAGUAUGAUGAUUGGAUAGAAAUGGUAAAUAUAAGAUUAAGUCUAUUAGAAAUUGAAAUAAGGGUUUCCAGAUAUUGAUGCUAUUAUUGAGAAUUUGUUAUUGAGAAAAGAUUUGAGUGGAAUUGAUCUUGAGGUAUAUGAAGGAUAUAAAGAAUUAGAAAAAAUAAAUGAUGACUAUCAUAAUCUUUUAGAAUUGAAUAAAAUUAAAAUUAGGAAAGAAUAAAAUAAAUUAGAAAUGCCUCCUUUUGUUGAAUCUCAUGAAUUACUAAGAAGGGUGUGGACAGAAAAAUGGGAAGCUCAUGUAAAGAAUUCUCUAGACUUCUCCUAAUCAAUCUUAAUUCCUCAUAACACUUAUGAAUCUAAAUUAGAUAAAGUGUUGGCAGAUUACAAAAAGUAAGAUAUCCAAGAGUUGAUUGAACAAUGUAUCAUUAUUAUUUAAAUAAUAUAGCUAAUCAAGCUCUAAAAGAGAAAUUAGGAGGUGAUUAACCAGUUCAAUAUUAUGAUAGAAAAGAAAAGGAUUUAAAUUUAGUCAAAUAAAUACAAAUUCUAGGUGAUGUUAUGCAUUAAAUUCCAAGUCAUGAAGAAGAACUAAAAGAAUUAUAAAAGAAAGCUGAAUAAUUUGAUAAAUUGUAAAUUGAUGAUAAAACCCAGAUAUAUAAAAGUGAAGAAGGCAGAAUUCUAUUAACAGAACUUCCUAAAGUAUUACAUCUCAAUAAUAAAGAUCCAAAAUAAGUAAUCUUUAUCAAUAAUCUUAUUAGUAUAAUUUAUUGUUUUGGGCUGAACACUUUAAUAUUGAACCUUAAAAAUUGAGAAAUAUCUUUAACUUUCUACAUUACCCAAUCCUAGAUUAAUAAAAUAAGGAAGAGAAGCAAAAGAUUUUAAAAUUUAUAUAUUAAUGAAUAAGAC